AUGUGCCAGAACGAACACCACUUGACGGAGUGCAAGCAGUUUCUCGGGACCCCUGUGAACGAGCGCUGGAACAUAGCGAAAAAGAACCGCAUCUGUUUUCAAUGUUUGCGGAGCAACCACCGCCGAGGGGGCUGCGGGGCAAAGAGGUGUAGUGUCAACGGGUGCGGCAUGGCGCACCACCGCCUGCUGCAUCACUCCAGACCACCGGCAGACCAGCAACAGCCGACGGCGCCGCCACAGGCCAUGGAAGCAGGGGAGGCAGCGACCGUGGAAAUAGUGAGCAGCACCAACUGCCUUCAGGAACGACAAGCCUUCCUAAAGGUCGCUCCGGUCACGGUCUUCGGCAAGAACAGCACCAGAAUAGACACCUACGCACUCAUGGACGACGGCAGCACAGUGACACUCAUCGAUGAAGACCUGGCGGAGCUCCUCCACCUGGACGGGCCUCGCCACGACAUGUGGGUGCAGGGCCUCAGUGAUACAAAGAAGUACGAAAACAGCAAAAAGGUAAGCUUCAAGAUAAGGGGGCGCCACUGUAAAGAAGAGUACGGCGUGGGGAGUGCAAGAACAGUAAAGAAGCUGCUAUUCACGCCGCAGAAAAUUCGCAAGGAAGACCUGCACGACUGCGCGCACCUGAGGGGCCUUGAAGACCACCUGAUGUACGAAAAUGCGCGCCCGAGAAUCCUGCUGGGUCAAGACAACUGGGAGUUGCUGCUGGCCCUCGAGACGAAAACGGGAAGGAGAAACCAGCCGGUCGCAUCCCACACACGACUCGGUUGGGUGCUGCACGGAUACAGGUCGUCACAUACGCAAACUAUAGCCUUCUGUGGCCACACAGUAGCCAAAAAAGAGGAGAAGACAGAAGACAAUAUGGAAAACAUGAUGAAGAGGUUUUUCGACCUGGAAUCACUUGGGAUCGAAGCCAGAAAACAGAAAAAUGACCCAGAAGAGCGUGCGCUGGAGAUACUUAAGAAAACCAGUCGAAGACUUCCUGAUGGGCGCUUCGAAACCGCGCUGCUCUGGAAGGACGAGAAGGAAGUCAUUCCCAACAACUACAACGAUGCCUGGAAGCGUCUCAGGUCCCUGGAAAAGAAGCUGGAUCGAGACCCGGGCCUGAAAGAAAAAUACGAAGAAAGAAUAAACAACCUGCUGGAAUCCGGAUACGCAGUGCCAGCACAGGAGCCACCGGCAGCAGGGAGAACAUGGUACUUACCUCACUUCGCCGUGUGCAACCCAGCGAAACCAAAAAUCAGGUUAGUACACGACGCCGCGGCCAGAUCCCAUGGCCGCAGCCUCAAUGACAUGCUGCUCUCCGGCCCCGACCUUCUUCAGUCGCUGCCAGGAGUCAUCAUGAGGUUCCGCCGACACUCUGUGGCGGUAACCGCGGACAUCAAGGAGAUGUUCAUGCGCAUUCGCGUCCGGAAAGAAGACCGGGACGCACUCCGCUUCCUGUGGAGAGGUAACGAACGAGAAGAAAAGCCGCAAGAGUACCAGAUGGCGUCCCUUAUCUUCGGGGCCACGUCAUCGCCAUGCACGGCUCUGUACGUAAAAAACAAGAAUGCAGAAGAGUUCCAGGAAAAAUAUCCGCGUGCUGUAGCGGAAAUCAAGAAGAACCACUACAUGGACGACUUCAUAUCUAGCUUCCCGAGUGAAGAAGAAGCACUGGAGACAUCGCAGGAAGUCGACAUGGUCCACCGGCACGCCGGGUUCGAGCUGCGAGGCUGGACAUCGAAUAGCGAAGCCAUACGCCGACGUCUCGGGAACGACCGAGACUCCAAGGAGGUCCCUGUGGGAGAAGACUGCGCGGACAAGACGCUGGGAAUAUGGUGGGAGGCGCAUGAAGACCUGCUGCGCUUCAACCUGAACGAGGCGAAGAUACCUCGCACCAUCAUGAGCGAGGAGCGGGCCCCCACGAAGCGUGAAGCCCUCAGUGUCGUGAUGUCAUUGUUCGAUCCGCUCGGACUACUGUCACCGCUCACCAUGCCCGCCAAGAAGUUCAUGCAGGAGACCUGGAGGUACGGCACCGGAUGGGACGAGCCCAUACCGGAGCAGCUCGUCCCCAAGUGGACGGCGUGGACAAGAGAUCUACAACAAGUAAGAAAAAUAAAGAUUCCCCGCUGCUACAACCUGCAGCCUGAAAUGGUAAGCGAAAUGCAUACCUUUGUCGACGCGAGUGAAGAGGCAUACGCCGCAGCUGUCUACAUUCGUAUGGUGCGCGAGGACGGAGCAGUACACACGGCGCUCGUGGCAGCCAAAAGCCGCGUAGCCCCGCUGAAGCCGACGUCCAUCCCGCGCCUGGAGCUGCAAGCUGCUCUACUGGGUACCCGCCUCGCGAAGACUGUGGAGAAAGAACUAGAAGUCGAGCUGGUAAGGAAAACAUACUGGAGCGAUUCCCGCACAGUGCUGGCGUGGAUACGCGCCGAGCCGCGGGCCUACAAAACGUUCGUCGCGCACCGCCUCGCCGAAAUAGAGGAAACAACGAAAGUCAGCGAGUGGCGAUGGGUGCCGACGAAAGAAAACGUGGCCGACGACGCGACGCGCGCCACACCCACGGACUUCGGAGCCGCCCACCGAUGGUUCAGCGGGCCCGAAUUCCUGAAAAAAGAAGAAAUAUUCUGGCCGAAAGAAGGAAAACCGGCGGAGAAAACGGACACGGGUGAAGAAAAGUGUUUUGUCGCACGAUACAUCGCGCUACAAGACAGUUUACCCGACAUCGAACGCAUAGGAAGAUGGAAGACGUUGAUACGAGCUACAGGUCGUGUACUACAGUUCAUUGACCUCUGUCGUUCCCCGCGAGAAACCGUGGCAGCUGUGCGACAACGCACAAAGAAGAAUAAAGAAAAGGAUGCGGCCUGGGACUCGCGGCGAUCGAAGAAAGGAAAAUCCGCGACACGAAUGGAUCCAGUUACGCGAAGAAAAUACGUCGCACUCGACGCACGGUACCUCACUCGUGCCGAGGCACUCUGGCUGCGCCGAAUGCAAGAAGAAUCCUAUAGCAAAGAAAGAAAACGAAUAGAAGAAAACCGUUCUCCAGCGGCGGGAGACCGCCUCGCCUCGCUGAGCGUCCACCUGGAGGAGGGCCUCAUCAAGCUACGGGGUCGAGUAGCAGCCGCAGAAGACAUCAGCCGGGAAACCAACAACCCGGUUAUCAUGGAUGGCAGCCACAGGUACACGAAAUUAUAUAUCCAACAGAUACACGAAGAAAUGCAUCACGGCGGAGUAGAAGCAACCGUGAACGAGAUCCGGCAGAGGUUCUGGGUGACCCGGAUACGCCCCACAGUCAAGGGUGUGAUCCGGGCCUGCCUGGCCUGCCGCAUACGCCGAGCCAAGCCGACGUGUCCGGCCACGGGCGACCUGCCCGUCGCCCGGCUGGCGCACCACGCGCGGCCAUACACCUUCACAGGGCUUGACUAUUUCGGCCCUGUGGAGGUCACCGUGGGCAGACAUCGAGAGAAGAGAUGGGUGGCCCUCUUCACAUGUCUCACCAUGAGGGCCGUCCACCUGGAGGUGGUGACGUCUCUCAGCGCCGACUCCGCCAUCGCAGCACUGCGGAGGUUCGUCGCCCGACGAGGACAACCGACUGAACUAUGGUCGGACAACGCGACCUGCUUCAAGGCCGCCGAGAAGGAGCUACAACAAGAAUGGGAAAAGUAUAAGAGCGAAGUCAACGCCCGCCGCAUCAACUGGCGGUACAUCCCUCCGUCCGCCCCCUUCAUGGGCGGUGCGUGGGAGCGGCUGGUGCGGAGCGUAAAGGAGUCCCUGCGAGUCACUCUACACGAGCAGCAUCCGAGCGACGAGACCCUCUACACACUCCUGGUAGAGGCGGAAAACAUCAUCAACUCGAGACCACUUACCUAUGUCUCGGUUGACCCCGAGGAGCCCGAGGCCUUGACCCCCAACCACAUACUGCUGGGGUCGGGCUGCCAUGUACCUGCUCCAGGAAGAUUCGAAGAAGAAAAGACAUCGGCGCGGCAGCUGUGGAAGCGCGCGCAGCACCUGGCAGACGUGUUCUGGCGGAGGUGGGUGAGGGAGUACCUCCCACUCCUCCAGCACCGCCGGGAGCCACAUACCCGAGGCUCCGAUCCCGCGGUGGGUGACGUCGUUAUCAUAUGCGACUCGAACCUACCGCGCAACAUCUGGCCACGCGGGAAGAUCAAGAGGACAUAUCCAGGCAAGGACGGCGUGGUACGGGUCGUGGACGUGGAGACCGCGAACGGCCACGUUCUCCGGCGGCCCACCAAGAAGAUCGUCGUGCUACCGGGGGUGUCGCCUGCGCGACCGGCGGGAGAAAUGUGCACGACAGACAGUAAAUAG